GGCCGUGGGUGGCGGCCACUGGGCAGGCGCGGGUGCUGAGCGGCCAGUCGCCCGAGUGCUGCGCGUCCCCUGUCCCGCGUCCCGCUUGCUGCCCGCCCGCCGCGCCAUGCCCGCCGUGGACAAGCUGCUGCUGGAGGAGGCGCUGCAGGACAGCCCCCAGACUCGUUCCUUGCUGAGUGUGUUUGAAGAAGAUGCUGGUACCCUCACAGAUUAUACCAACCAGCUGCUGCAGGCUAUGCAACGUGUCUAUGGAGCACAGAAUGAAAUGUGCCUGGCCACACAGCAGCUUUCUAAGCAACUGCUGGCAUAUGAAAAACAGAAUUUUGCUCUUGGAAAAGGCGAUGAAGAAGUAAUUUCUACACUGAAUUAUUUUUCCAAAGUAGUGGAUGAGCUUAAUGUUCUGCACACAGAGCUGGCUAAACAGUUGGCAGACGCCAUGGUUCUUCCCAUUAUACAGUUUCGAGAAAAGGAUCUCACAGAAGUAAGUACUUUAAAGGAUCUUUUUGGACUUGCCAGCAAUGAACAUGACCUCUCGAUGGCAAAAUACAGCAGACUUCCUAAGAAAAAGGAGAAUGAGAGGGUGAAGACUGAAGUUGGGAAGGAGGUGGCAGCCGCCCGGCGGAAACAGCACCUGUCGUCCCUUCAGUACUACUGUGCGCUCAACGCACUGCAGUACCGGAAGCGGAUGGCCAUGAUGGAGCCCAUGAUAGGCUUCGCCCACGGACAGAUUAACUUUUUCAAGAGAGGAGCAGAGGUGUUCUCCAAGAACAUGGGUGGCUUCCUGUCCUCCGUUGCAGACAUGGUUCAGAGCAUUCAGGUGGAACUGGAAGCUGAGGCAGACCGGAUGCGGGUGUCCCAGCAAGAGUUGCUUUCUGUUGAUGAAUCCGUUUAUACUCCAGAUGUUGAUGUGGCCACACCACAGAUCAAUAGGAACCUCAUUCAGAAAGCUGGUUACCUCAACCUCAGAAACAAAACAGGACUGGUCACCACCACCUGGGAGAGGCUUUACUUCUUCACCCAAGGCGGGAACCUCAUGUGUCAGCCCAGGGGAGCUGUGGCUGGAGGCUUGAUUCAAGACCUGGACAACUGCUCAGUGAUGGCGGUGGAUUGUGAAGACCGACGAUACUGCUUCCAGAUCACCACGCCUAAUGGAAAAUCGGGAAUAAUCCUCCAGGCGGAGAGCAGAAAGGAAAAUGAAGAGUGGAUAUGUGCAAUAAACAACAUCUCCAGGCAGAUCUACCUGACCGACAACCCAGAGGCAUUCGCCAUGAGGUUGAAUCAGACGGCUCUUCAGGCAGUCACUCCCAUUGCAUGUUUUGGGAAGAAACAAGAAAGCACCUGUUCCAGUCAGAACCUGAAACAUUCAGAGACAGAAAAUUACAAGAUUGUUCCCACGGUGGCAGCCAACAUUCCUGAAGCAGACCAGCUGAUCGCUCCUGGGACACCUAUUCAGUUUGACAUUGUGCUUCCUGCUACUGAGUUCCUUGACCAGAACAGAGGCAGCAGGCGCACCAACCCUUUUGGUGAGACUGAGGAUGAGUCAUUUCCCGAAGCAGAAGAUUCCCUUCUGCAGCAGAUGUUCAUAGUUCGGUUUCUGGGGUCAAUGGCAGUUAGAACAGACAGCACUACUGAAGUGAUUUAUGAAGCAAUGAGACAAGUACUGGCAGCUCGGGCUAUUCAUAACAUCUUCCGAAUGACGGAAUCCCAUCUGAUGGUCACCAGCCAAACACUGAGGUUGAUAGAUCCUCAGACUCAAGUCUCAAGGGCCAAUUUUGAACUUACCAGUGUCACACAGUUUGCUGCUCAUCAAGAAAACAAAAGACUGUUUGGCUUUGUCGUCCGCGUCCCGGAGUCCACAGGAGAAGCGUCUCUGAGCACAUACAUUUUUGAAAGCAACUCAGAAGGCGAAAAGAUAUGUUACGCUAUUAAUUUGGGGAAAGAAAUUAUUGAGGUUCAAAAGGACCCAGAAGCACUGGCUCAGUUAAUGCUGUCUAUGCCACUAACCAAUGAUGGAAAAUAUGUUCUGCUAAAUGAGCAACCAGAUGGCAAUGGCGGAAGUCCAAGUGAAAACAGAGGCGCUGAAUCUGAAGCAUAACUCACUUAGGCCUCUGGGGUCAGAGCACGCAGGAAGGAGAGCACCCUCCUUAAGGGAUUUUCAACUUCUCUGAUGUACAGGCACACUGACCUGGUCAGAACGCUGACAGUCGCUUGUGGAAUGUUCCUUCCGAUGCCUUGAUACAGAGACUUGGGAGGGAAACAGUAAGAAAUAGGUGACAUGGCGCCUACCUAUCUACAAUGUUAUUUUAGGUGCUUUGUGGUAAGUCCUUUCUUCAGACUGUGCUGUUGAGUGCUCAGGCAGAAGCCCUGAAAACACAUUUUGGAUGUCAUCUCUUCGGUUUCUAGGGUGCUCUUAAAAUGCAAAAUCCCAGAUUUGUAAUGUGAUAAAUACUAAAUAUUUCCUAUUAAUAUAAUCUAUUUUUGUAUUUUACUUAGUUUUUAAGUGCCUGUCAUUUUGGGAAUUAUGUGUUUAUAAGGAGCUGGUCUCAUGUUUGGACCUUGUAGCAUUCCCAUGGGCAGUUGAGUAGUGAGCACUGCUCUGAGGCCUGCUCACUGGCAGAGAUACAGGGCUAGUACUGGUAACUAUUUCAGGCAAAAGAUGUUUAACUACAAUAGAACCUUACUGAUUCGGCAUUCAAAAGCUUAAGGUCCACUCAGAUACAAUGGCUAUUCACUGUAACCAGGGGAUAGCUAAGAUACGAUGGCUAGUCACCAUGACCAGGGGAUAGCUAAGAUAUGAUGGCUAUUCACUGUGGCCAGGGGAUAGCUAAGAUACGAUGGCUAUUCACUGUGGCCAGGGGAUAGCUAAGAUAUGAUGGCUAUUCACUGUGACCAGGGGAUAGCUAAGAUACGAUGGCUAUUCAAUG